AAAAUGAGUGAAAUCAAAUCCAUCAAUGAAAUAUCAUCACAAACAAAAGCCCAUUAGGGAUUAAAGGUUACAAAUGGGUUAGGGUUAGUAAAAGUAAAAUCUGGAUUUAUGACUUCGGGACAUCCAUCACUGGAUUAUGUUUUGUUCUUCAUAAAACCCAGAUCCAACGAGCUACAAACUACCAAACCCUAAUCACAAUUUUAAUAUGGACUUCAAAUAAUUGACAAAGCAUACAGAAAGUAGACACAGAGACGAACCGCGGCGGCGGCGACAGGAACGAGGACGCGAUCGAUUCUGGGUUACGUUUUCCGUGUACGAAUCCUAGGAUAAAACAAAAUAUUCCCUUUAAGUACUGUUUAUGUGAAGAACAAAAGGUUUUACAUGGGAAGGAAUACAAGUCUAUUUAAAAUCAAUUAUGGACUUUCCACUUGAUUGCUUAUAUUUGAUUUUUGAAAGGCUGGACAGCGACUCAGAUCGUAAAUCUUUUGGCUUGACUUGUCAUCGCUGGCUUGAUGUUGAAAGUUCCAGUCGUCGUUCUCUAGAAUUGAAUUGCUUAAUAGAUGUACCCAGUAAAUCCUACAAGACCAGCAUUGGUUAUCAAAUUUGUAGAUUGCUACUCCGUUUUCGUCACCUAAGAUCAUUCACCCUCACAGGAUGGUCCGAAUUGACUGACUCAGACUUAGCACUGUUGGCAUUGUGCAGCUCAACAUUGCAAGCUCUUCACAUAUGGUGUUCUUCUACAAUAACUGACAGUGGGAUGUCAUUCAUUGCAUCUGUGUUGCCUUCUUUGUCCAUCAUUACUUUCGCCGCUUCCCAUGUUACUGAUACUGGACUCUAUAUUUUGACUAGAACUUGCACCGGAUUGAAGGACAUCAACCUGUCAGGCUGUAGGGAUAUUACCGACCUAGGAAUCAGUUAUCUUAUUAUGAAUUGCCGUCAACUUCAAUCAUUGAGAGUAUCUUGUUGCAGUAACAUCACAGGCUUGGGCUUUAAGGAUUGUUGGAAGACUCUAACCUGUCUUGAAGUGGAAUCCUGCAAUCUUUUUCCCGAGGGCAUAAAGGAAAUUUUGAGUGGGGGUGCACUUGAAUAUCUAAACCUCUCUUUUUACACUGGAAUGCAUGCAGAUGGGAUGACCUUUAUUGGGAGGGGGCAAGCGUCCAGAUUGAGAGUUCUCGACUUAAGGAAGUGUAAACUGGUUGGGGACGAGACGGUUGCAGUUAUUGCGAAGGGGUGCAUUUUUCUGCAAGAGUGGCACUUAGGUUUUUGCCUCCGAAUUGGGCUUCCUGGCUGGGAAUCAAUUGGAUUGAACUGCCAGAGCUUGGAGAGGCUUCAUGUGAACAGAUGCACCAAAUUAUGUGUAGUGGGGAUGCAAGCCUUGAGGGAUGGAUGCCAACGACUUUCAAUUCUCUACACUGGUACUCCGAAUUCUCGUUUGUCUUUACUUGCUCGGGAGGUGUUCCAAUCGAAACCUAAUGUUGAGUUGAGUAAUGACGAAGUAAAACGCAUUAUCCCUGAAGAGGCGUUCUUCACGCUAUAGAAGUUAUAAACAUCUUGAAGUAGAAUUCACUGAUAAGCUCUUUCCAAAGGUAUGAUAGAUUUUCAGUUCACAAAUACAUUUUAUUACAAAUUUCACAGAAAACAUGUCUUGAUUGGCUUCAAGCGACUUCCAUUUCUAAUUUAUCUGCUAUUGCUAUGGAAACAUUCCAUUGUCCCUAGAUUUCAUUAAACUUAAAAGGGUUCAGAGACGUCAAAUAUGUAUGGAUUUCAUUUCCUUCUUUGGGUACAUCUCAUUGUGUGUUUUGCAAUGACAAUAUACAUAUGACUUUGUUUUUAGUUUGGAUUUCUUAUGGUUUCAAAUUUGACUAUACGGUUUUGUUUUUUA